UCAUGAAAUGUUACUGCGCAGGAGCCAUAUUCUCCACUUGAUCCAUUAUUCUCGAUAAUCCCAGUGGUAAACGUCAAAUUUGUUAUUGUGAUACGCUGAUUUUAGAUUUUCCAUUUGCCGAGAAUCGGAAAUAAUCUUUUAUAUAUAACAGUUUGCUUAUUUUUCCCGUUCGUUUGGUUUGCACUGUUCUCUGAACAUAAUUUUGGCGAUCCGUUAAUGUGCUGCAAUCGAGAUACGUGAUGCUGUACUAUGAAAAUUGAUCUGGAAAGCAGCUAACCUAGAAUUGAUGUAUAUUUUACAAUUUUUCAUUUUUUACUUAUAGUACAAGUUCUGUGAUUUGUUUGUUGAUAUUGAAAUACGGUAAAUUUCAACCAUGGCUAGUGUAUCUUAUCAAAUAGCCAACCUCUUAGAAAAGAUGCAAUCAUCUGACAAGGAUUUUCGAUUUAUGGCCACCAACGAUCUUAUGACCGAACUGCAGAAGGAUAGUAUUAAGCUGGAUGAUGACUCUGAGCGGAAAGUUGUUAGAAUGCUUCUAAAGUUACUCGAAGACAAGAAUGGCGAAGUACAGAAUUUAGCAGUUAAAUGUUUGGGACCUCUAGUUAACAAAGUCAAAGAAUACCAAGUAGAUACUAUUGUUGAAGCUCUUUGCAUCAAUAUGGUUUGUGAUAAGGAGCAGUUACGUGAUAUCUCCAGCAUUGGGCUCAAAACCGUCAUUGCUGAAUUGCCCCAAUCUAUUGUCGGCAUGUCUGGAGCUAUUUGCAAGAGAAUCACCGGCAGAUUAACCACUGCAAUUGAAAGGCAAGAAGACGUUUCUGUUCAACUGGAAGCUUUGGAUAUUAUCGCAGAUUUGCUGCUGCGGUUUGGCCCUUUGCUCCAGACAUUCCAUCAGUCGAUCUUAACAGCGUUAUUGCCUCAGUUGGAAUCUCAGCGCCAAGCAGUGCGAAAGCGUACUAUUUGUGCGUUAAGCAACUUGGUACUUUCUUGCAAUAACGAAUUGUACAACAAACUGAUUGACCACCUGUAUGACGGUCUGCGCCUUAAUAAAGCGAAUUCCCAGACGCGUACUUACAUCCAAUGCGUUGCUGCAGUUUGUCGUCAGUCUGGCCAUAAAUUUGGAGAGCAAAUCGAUAAGUUUGUUCCAAUUAUUCUCCAGAGAUCUGAUGUUGAUGACGAAGAGUUGAGAGAAUAUUGUCUACAGGCAUUCGAAAGCUUUGUUAACAGAUGCCCCAAAGAAAUUACACCGAAUAUUCCCAAGAUAACCGAGUUAUGCCUUAAAUACAUGACAUACGAUCCGAACUACAACUAUGAUGAAGAUGACGGAUUAGGAAGCACCAAUGUGGAGGAUGAUGAAGAUGAUGAGGAAAACGAUGAGUACAGUGAUGACGAUGACAUGAGCUGGAAAGUCCGCAGGUCGGCUGCAAAGUCUUUAGAAGCAAUCAUCAGCACUCGUCACGAGUUACUGGCGGAAUUUUACAAAGUUCUUUCGCCUGCUUUGAUUUCUAGAUUCAAAGAACGAGAAGAAAACGUGAAAUCUGAUAUAUUCCACGCUUACAUGGCUUUAUUGAAACAAACAAAAGCCACCGUUAAUGUUAAUCUAGAUCCUAAUGCUAUGGUUAUGGAUGAUGAAGAAGAAACGCCUGCAUCACUGCUGCAAGUGCAAAUUGCCCCACUUGUUAAAGGAAUUCAAAUACAAAUGAAAGAGAAAAGCAUGAAAACCCGACAAGACUGUUUUCAACUACUGAAAGAAGUGUGCACAGUCCUUCCCGGCGCCUUAGGUGCUCAUAUCGGUGAAUUAAUUCCAGGGAUUUUAUAUUCUCUAGUGGAGAAAAAUUCCAGCAGUAAUAUGAAAAUUGAUGCUCUGUCAUUUAUAUAUUGUCUCCUAACUACUCACCCUCCGACAGUAUUUCACCCAUUUAUCAAUAUUCUAUUACAGCCAGUAAUCGUAGCUGUGGGAGACAAUUUUUACAAAAUUACUGCUGAAGCUCUUGGCGUUUUACAGGAAUUGGUAAAAGUCAUCAGACCGAUGCAGGUUCAUACAGGUUUUGAUUUCACUCCAUUUACGAAAGACAUUUAUGUUUGUACGCUUCUAAGGCUUAAAGCUUCUGACAUUGAUCAAGAAGUGAAAGAGAAAGCAAUUUCAACUAUGGGCCAAGUAAUCUGCAAUUUAGGAGACCAGUUGAAAGGAGAAUUGCCGUAUUGUCUGCCGCUGUUCUUGGACAGACUUAAGAACGAGAUAACUCGUUUAACUACUGUGAAGGCAUUGAAGAAAAUAGCUGGUUCACCACUGGGAAUUGAUCUACCUAUAUUGCCAGAAGCCAUGCCUAUUUUAGGUCUUUUUCUAAGAAAAAACCAAAGAGCUCUUAAGUUAAGCACACUUCAACUAAUUGAUUGCUUGAUUCAGAACUACCAUAAGAAAAUUAAUGUUCAACUGCUGCAACCAAUCGUUGCAGAGAUUCCUCCGUUGCUUGAUGAAUCUGACUUACAUAUUGCUCAGUGGACUUUAAUAAUUUUAAAAUCAAUUGCCGUGCAACAUCCGAAGGCUCUUCAAGAUAUUAAUAGCGGCAUAAUGCCACAAGUACUGAUUCUGGUAAAAAGUCCUCUUCUACAAGGCACUGCUCUUCAGUCGAUGUUGGAAUUCUUUAAAUCGUUAGUCAAGUGCAAUCUUCCUGGUUUGUCAUACGACUAUCUUUUGCGUUUGCUUCUUAUGCCGAUAAGCAAUCUAUCAACAAACCAGCAGGCCGUUCUACACAAACAAGCGUUUUAUUCUUUAGCCAAAUGUGUAGCAGCUAUUACUGUUGUUUGCCAAUCACAAGCUCUUCCAGUUAUCCCUCAGUUUAUUAAUGAAAUUCAAUGUGCUACAUCGGAUUCACAACAAAUAUUUGCUCUUCUUGUCGUUGGAGAAAUUGGAAGGGAGAUCGAUCUGACUUCAGUGCCCAACUUAAAACAAGUUAUCUUAAGCGCAUUUAGCGCAAUGUCUGAAGAAGUCAAGUCAGCAGCGAGUUACGCAUUAGGUAGCAUCUGUAUUGGAAAUCUUCAACAAUAUUUGCCGUUUAUUCUGAAAGAAAGUCAAGAGCAGCAGAAAAGACAGUAUCUCUUGCUGCAUUCGGUCAAGGAAGUGAUUACCUGUCUGUCUCAAACCACCGAAGGAGUUCAGCAACUCCUUCCAUUUGUGCCCGAUAUUUGGGCUCAACUUUAUUGCCAUUGUGAGUGCCAAGAAGAAGGUACCAGAAACGUCGUGGCCGAAUGUUUGGGCAAAUUAACUUUGAUCGAUCCAUCGAAUUUACUCCCGAAGUUGAAACGGUCCUUAAAUUCCCCUUCGCCGUUGAUGAGAACUACGGUUGUUACAGCCGUGAAAUUCACUAUCUCGGACCAGCCAACACCAAUCGACCCACUUCUGCGACAAUGCAUUGGAGAGUUUUUGAAUACAUUGCAAGAUCCAGAUCUGAAUGUUAGAAGAGUGGCAUUAGUAGCUUUUAAUUCUGCUGCACACAACAAGCCUUCGUUGAUUCGAGAUCUUUUGGAGUCUAUUUUGCCGCAGCUAUACAAUGAGACCAAUGUCAAGAGAGAUCUUAUUCGCGAAGUGGAAAUGGGGCCUUUCAAACACACUGUCGAUGAUGGUUUGGAUAUUAGAAAGGCUGCUUUUGAAUGCAUGUACACGCUGUUAGAUUCAUGCCUGGAUAAAAUUGAUAUUUUUGAUUUUAUAAAUCACGUGGAAUCCGGCCUGAAAGAUCACUACGACAUCAAGAUGUUGACCUACUUGAUGGUAGCUAGAUUAGCUCAGAUAUGUCCAGGGUUUGUUCUUCAGAGAUUAGAUAGGUUAAUUGAACCUCUUCGGGCCACGUUGACGUUAAAGGUGAAAGCAAACUCUGUGAAACAAGAGUACGAGAAACAAGACGAACUGAAAAGGUCUGCCAUGCGAGCUGUCACUGCUUUACUGAGUAUUCCUGAUGCUGAUAAAAAUCCUCAUCUGAAUGAGUUUGUGAAUCAAAUAAAAAAUUCUUCGGACCUGCAACCGAUCUUCGAAUCGAUCCAAAAAGAUUCAACUACAACUCAUGCUGAUUUCCUAAUGGAUCAAAGUUGAAUGCAUAUACUUGUUGAAGCUAGUUUAAAUAAUACUUCAGAUUUUUUAAAAGUUUAGUUUGUAAUUUGAUGUCAUAUUUUCUAAUUUAUUUCUACUAAAUAUUAUUCUUGGUUGUUCCUUUAAAAAUACCAACGUAGUUAUCGGCAAUUUAAAUUAGUUGUAAAAGUUACGGUGAUAAGUUGGCUUGGCGAUAGGUUCAGUUAGCAUACUAAUUCAGUUAAAGAUACUACAGCAUCGCCAGUAACUAUCGCGUAAGUUUCUUAUCAGCCUGUUUGAUAUUUAAAUCUUGAUUGUUGCUGUUAGUUACUUUAAUCCGUUUGUAGCUGUAAAUUUCUUUAAUUGCUAUUUUGUGUCAAUUAUAUUAAAAUCUUUUCUCAGAGCA